AUGCUGAGAGGGCGCCGUUCCCACUACCGCGGGAUUGUCCGCAACGAGUCCUCCGCCAACGAAUGGUUGAAACAGAGGCUGAGUCAGCCACCUUGCAAAGAGAAAUGGUGGGAAGCAACAGAUCCUGUUCCCCCGGCUCCUCUUUUCCCCAGGUAUAUCGAGAAUCCAGCGCCUGUAAAGAGAUUUAGCCUAGCCGACUGGUCGGGUCAUAAUGCUUUCAUGGCCGGUAUACAGAAUUCUGCGUCCGGGUUCAUCAACGGUGCCCCUGUCUUCGGUGUGCUGACCGCACCUGCUCCUGUGCCGGCUCCUGAGCCUCAGCUACUCUCCCAGCCAAUCUACCAGCAGGUGUUACACCAGCCGGAAUGGGUGCCCGAGCCUCAGCUCCCCUCCCAGCCAAUCUACCAGCAGGUGUUCCACCAGCCGGAAUGGGUACCCGAGUCUCAGCCGCCUGAGCUUGCGUCAGUGGUUGUGUAUCCAGCCAACAAUGUCAACUUCAACACCCCUUGUGAACCAGCCGUCCCCGCGUUGGGCCAAGCCAUUGACAUAUACAACCACAACGCUACGCCUCUCUACGUCACGCCCCAAGAGCCAGCGCCGAUUGUACCAACACCCAUGGAGGUUGACAUCCCGGAGCAGGUGGAGACCCUCCCCGAAGCUAUGGAGGACGUUCAGGUGGAUGUUCAGAACACCACCGGCUUCAUGUCCGUGGAGCAAAUGGAAGACGAUCUCGUCGACCAUUUCGAAGCUCUAGCCAACGCCCAGGCCAGCGUCAGCGACAACACCAACGCUGGUCAGGCAGACAACGCACAGGACGACCAGCCGGGCUAUGAGAGCUUGGACGAUCGCAUGGGUGCCUCGCCAUUCAACGACUGCAAGAUCAGGGAGAAACAAACCCCUACUAAGUCUCAGUCGCAGCCCAUGCACAAGCCCAAGUCGGACAAGCCUCAUGCCUUGAGCUCCUCUGUACAGUCUUCUUCGACGACGCCAAGCAAAAGCCUUGGUGGUGGGCUGCAAGCAAGCAUGUACAAUGCCAACAACCUUGCUUCUGCGGCACAGACGCCAUCGUCCCAGGCUCUGUCAUCAACACUGCAGUCGAAGCCGCCAGUCAAGCAGUCACCAUUGACUAAGGCGCUCGCUCAGUUGUCAAACCCACAGAUGCCACUACCUCAGGCUCAGCAGACAAUCGCUCAGUCGUCUCCCGCCCCGCCAAUGUCUCAAUUCUCGGUCCCGCAGGUACAACUGCCCCAGGUCCCCGCCACUACGCCGAAGCCGAAGCAGACAGUCCAGCAGAUGCCGCUGCCCCAGGCUCUGCCCCAGACGCUUCAGCCUCAGCCGACAACCUCUCAGAUGGCCUGGCCCCAACCUGCGCCCCCGGUAUCAGAACCUCAGCAGACAAUGGUCCUGCCCCCCCUGAAGCCUCAGCAGACAACUCAGCAGAAGCCAUCGACCCAGGCUCUGCCCCAGAAGCCCAAGCCUCAGCCGACAACAUCGCAACUGACCGGGUCCGAGACUACGUCAUCCACGCCUAAGCCUAAGCAGACAACCUCGCAGGAGCCAUCGUCACAGGCACUGCCCCAGAUGCCACAGGUACAGAAGGCAAUGGCGUCGACAAGGCGGAUUGCCACGCCAAAAUCGCGAAAGGCAAUGAUCAACCAGGCUGAAAAGCCAUCUUCGACGACGGCGGCCCAAGCGCCUGCUCCGAAGCCUAAGGCUGCCGCUCGUCUGCCGGGAAAAUCCAAGCCGGCGAAUGCUACGUCGGUUCUUUACACCGAGCCCGGUCCCUCUGUGCCCAAGAAGGAUAAGGGCAAAGGUCGUGCAACUCAGCCCCCGGUACUCGUCGAUGAGGAAGAUGACUUUGAAGACAAGGUCUGUGAGUUUAUGGAUGGUGGCUUGAGUAAUGAACAAGCCUACAUCAUGGCAGAACACUACUUCAACCAGCGAAGAAUAAGCCGUCGUUGA